GAGUGGUUUUAACGAUACAAUGUUGAUGGCUAUACUAUUAACUCCAAUGUAUACACAUUCCACUUAUUGGCAUUGGGCUGCAGGAUUCUAUCUCUUAGCCAAGGUUGAAGAAGCUGUGGAUAAGCCUAUAUAUAGCUGGACUCAUCAUAUUAUUAGUGGGCAUUCUUUGAAGCAUUUGUGCGCCGCUAUGGUCCCCGUCUUUCUUACCCUCAUGCUUGCAGAAAGAACUGUUCAAACCGAGAGGAUUAGCUUGUAUAAGACAUGGAAGAUAUCAUGGACGAGGAAUAGAUCGCAGGGAUCCGAGGAAGAAAUGUUUGAGUAUAGCUACUCCAACGUUGCAGUUGAAGAGACUCGGUAGGUUAUUUUGGUGACUCGUAUAAUGUAAGACCUUUGAUAGUCGUGUUUAAGAUUAUUGGUUAACAGGACUUACUUAUAGGAGGUAGAGGUUGGUAAUGUUACACCAUUCAUAGUGCCCCUUUGUUUCUUAUCGUUUAUGUUUCUUGUAA